AAAAAUGGAUUCAAACUGCACGCUCCUAACUCCUACUUAAUAUUAUUAACGUGAUCUCCACACAGCUACCCUUUGAUCUUAAUUCUCUCUCUCUCUCUCUCUCUCUCUCUGUGUACAUAUAGGGUUUGCAGUCCUGAUCCCUUCUCCCAUUGCCUGUUCUUUAAAUUGUUGCCAAAUUGCUAUAUACAUUUCUCUUAGUAACAAUGGAAUUAAAGGAACAAGAGAUCUUCUUCUCUUCUCCUUCCUUCUCUCCUCCCACAAGGAGAUGGUGGUCAGAGGAGACAGUAGCAAUAGUGACAGGAGCCAACAAGGGCAUUGGGUUUGCUUUGGUAAAGAGGCUGGCGCAGUUGGGACUCACAGUCAUCCUCACAGCUAGACACCCCACAAGAGGACACCAAGCCUUUCAUUCCCUCAAAUCCCAACCUGGCUUCCAACAUCUUCACUUCUUCCCCCUUGAUGUCUCCAGUCUUGCUUCCAUCGCCUCCUUUGUCUCUUGGUUCCAACGCCACUUUGGGCUCCUUGAUAUUCUUGUGAAUAAUGCAGCAGUGUCGUUCAAUGACAUAGAUGAGAACUCAGUGGAGCAUGCAGAGACAGUGAUGAAGACCAAUUUCUACGGACCCAAGCGGCUGACUGAGGCCCUCUUGCCCUUCUUUCGCCGCACCCCACCUUCCAUGGCUCGCGUCCUCAACGUUAGCUCCAGACUGGGCUUAUUGAAUAAGAUGGAUAACCCUAAUAUAGUAAAGAUUCUACAAGAUGAAGAAAGACUCUCAGAGGAGCACAUCGAGAGCAUGGUCAAGUUGUUUCUGGACAACGUGAAGAGCGGGACAUGGAAGAACCAAGGGUGGCCAGCGAUAUGGACAGAUUACUCAGUGUCAAAGCUCGCCCUCAAUGCCUAUUCAAGGGUUCUGGCGAAGCGCUUCGAGGGGCUGGGCUUAAGUGUGAACUGCUUCUGCCCAGGAUACACACAGACCACCAUGACUGGUGGCAGAGGCACUCAUACAGCAGACACUGCUGCCAUGGUAGCUGCUAAGCUAGCCCUACUUCCACCAGAAGAACUACCAUCUGGGAAAUUUUAUAAAGGGGUCUCUCGUCCUCUUACAUAUUCUAGGUUGUAGAGCGCAUAGACCAUUUAUUGACGUAAAUUUUUCAAGAAAAAAAAAUGGGAUAAUGUUCAUACAAGCUUUCUUUUUAAAAUAGAAAGUGGUAUGUAUGUGUUUUUUAGGAGUUCCAACAUCGUUGUUUCUAAUUUUAACAAGCAUCGUAAGUGUGUUCUUGUGAGCUUACAUUCUAGUUUAUUUAAAUAGAGAGGUUGAAGUCAUAUAGAAAUGAGAUUAUUUAUUAUUUCAUGGCAUAAA